GGGUAUAUACCCAUUAUUUCUGAAAAGCAGUGAAAAUGUUACGCGAAUAAUAGACAUCCCUCUAUAUUCGAAUUUUUCGAAGCUUGGCGUGCACUUGACUUCCGACUUUGACUCCAAAGCUGGGUGCCAGGCAAUUGUUUGUUUACCGAAUCUAAUAAUGUUGACUUUCAUCAAUUAAUAAAUAAAUAAGGUGGGAAAAACACGCGUGCAAUUAGCCAGGGAGCUAUAUGUCCAUAUAUCUUAAGUGGCAAGUGAGGAAUCGAUUUUUGAAUGUCAAUGUCAUAGUGCAAUUAGACGAGGAGGCUUCCAAUGGCCAACAGUUAGAGCCAAGCUAACUUACUGUAACCAAAUUAAAAAGCCUAUUAAAUACGAAGAUACCGACCAAAAAGGUCGGUCUUACAGGGUAUCAGACAUGUUUUACAAUAUAUCGUUUAAAACAACAAAUUCACCGCGCAGUGAACCCAGAAAUGUUUAUAAAUUUCAUAGGGCGAGCAAAAAUGGCAAAAGGCUAUAACAAUUGAUUGAUUACCCGCUAAUCUAUAGACGUCGGAAUAACUAUGUUAUAAUUAUCUGCACGGACACGAGUAACUAAUUUGUUGGCAGAGCUACAAAUGAUAUAAUAUCAUCGAAUUCGUACCACUUCUUCCUAAGCAGCCAAGUAGUCAUGAAAAGAGUGCUGGUUAUUUGGAUGCUAUCUCACUCACUUCAGCCGCCUUAUCAAUGUGAUGCUGUCAUUUUCAAAAUGACCAAUGCAGUAUGUGAGUCCUAUAACAAAUCCUGGGUGGAAUUCGGCCUGUGUCGCCUGCGAGCUGUUAGCAGGAAUAAGGUUUGCCUCAAUGUCGAUGCCAAUUUGCUGCAUCCGGUUCACGAUGUCAUAGUCAAGGCCAGAUUGCUGAAGAGGGCCAAUGGCUAUAAGCCUUGGCUCUAUAGCCUCAGUUUCGACGGCUGUCAGUUUAUAAGGCGGAGAAAUAAUGCCCUGAUUCGGAUCGUUUGGGAACUCUUCAAGGAGUACUCGACGAUCAAUCACACCUGUCCCUAUGUGGGUCUGCAGCAAGUCAAGAACUUCUAUCUCAGGUCCGAGAAGCUGCCCACGCCCAUUCCCACGGGGGAAUAUCUGCUGAUGAUUGACUGGGUGUUCAACAAGAAACCGCAGGCUGCCACAAAUGUGUACUUCACCUUUGUGGAGGACCUGAAAGAUAGUUAACGAUCCAAUAGUGCAGACCAAAAAGUCCAAACUGAACUGUAAUAAAUAAAUAAACAAUAUAAGUCUAUAUUGUUUAAGCCCAUGAAGUUUA